UGGAAAAUUAACGAUCCACGAGGAGGGGAGCGAAUCACCUCGGAACGGAGAUUCCGGGUUCCGGGAGUUCCUGCACCCGCGGCAUGUAGAUAAAUAAAUUUCGGUCUCGCGGGGUCUGGGUUCGAGACUUCGCGCGAUAAAAAGCACCCGUAUCUCUCUCCCUCGCGGAGACUCGACCGGCAGUCAUUGCGACACCAUCGGUCCUCUCUCUUUCUUUCUCUUUCUUUCUCCUUUUCUCUCUUCUUCGUGAUAUGCGGGGUGCCGCGUCGUCGCCGCCGUCGUCGUCGUCGUCGUCGUAAAUUCCCCCCCAUCCCCAGGACUCUCCGAACGUCGUCGCGUGUCGUCGUUUGCCCAGGGGACACCAGCACCUUUGACCGAAGGAUGCCGGUGAAGGUCGACGUGAUCCCGCCACCACCCGCGAACUCGAAACAGCCCGGCGUCACCAAGUCCUUGUUGUACAACGGCUCGCGCUUUCAGGGCUCGCAGAAGUCCAAGGGCAACAGUUACGACGUAGAGGUGGUCUUGCAGCACGUAGACGAAGAGAACAGUUACCUGUGCGGAUACUUGAAAAUCAAGGGCUUGACGGAGGAAUUUCCGACAUUGACGACGUUUUUCGAUGGCGAAAUCAUCUCCAAGAAAUAUCCCUUUCUCACUCGCAAGUGGGACGCGGACGAGGAUGUUGACAAGAAGCACUGGAGUAAGUUCGAGUCGUUCUGCCAAUAUGCCAAAACCUUCAAUUCCGACACGUUCGAUUACGAGGCGCUGAAGGGUACAGACUUUGUAUUCAUGAGGUGGAAGGAGCACUUUUUAGUUCCUGAUCACACGAUCAAAGAUAUUAACGGUGCCUCUUUUGCGGGAUUCUACUACAUUUGCUUCCAGAAAUCCGCUGCCACAAUAGAGGGCUUUUAUUAUCAUCGUAGCUCCGAAUGGUAUCAGUCCUUAAAUUUGAGACAUGUUCCGGAGCACAGUAUACAGAUUUAUGAGUUCAGGUGAAGUCCUACACCUUUGCUGAGAAAAAACUCGUGACAUUCAUGUCUUUUCUCUUCUAGCACACAGAUCUCAUAAAACGUUUGCCCGAUAAAUUUAUCAGUGCAUGUUGUAAUAAAUUGGUUUGCAUUAAUCAAGUGACGCUCUCCAUCAUCUUGGGGGAGAUUUGCAGCAAAAAAAGAAUUUUUAAUAUCUUAGUCGAUCAUGCUAAGAAUCAAAGACGAGAAUUGCGGAGUGCCUAUGUAGCGAUUGAAUGGUACAAUUGAUUACAGAUUAAUAAUCAUGAUAUUGUAAAAUGCUCUUUUGGUCGAAAUAAAUUACCUGAGAUGCAUAUCAUUUUAAA